UCCGAGGACAAUUAUUAGUUUACAGCGCUACCUGUCGGGCGCGGGUCGAGUCAGAGGUCAGUGGAGUAAGCUCUUGUGGUCAACACAAACACAACAUGUCCAACAUGAUAGAACGUUUAGUUCUGGUAUUCGCUGGCGUCAGUGUUGCUUUAGCAGAAUAUGAAUUAUCGGACUAUGCAAGCCACCCAUGUAUGCGCGAGUGUGUGGAGGGGGCGUCACCUAUGUCGUGCACCUACAACUUCACAGUAGAAAACUACUUCGUCUUGACCAAGGCCUGCUACGACUGUCCGUACAACGUCACCGACUGCUACAGGCCGCACUGUGUCGCUACUGACGGCGUUGGGAGGGGCAUCAUCACGGUUAACAGGAUGCUACCAGGACCUGCGAUACAGGUGUGCCACAACGACAUGAUCAUUGUCAACGUGCACAACAAGCUGUAUGGGUCAGAAGGAACAACCAUCCACUGGCACGGCGUCUUCCAGAAAGGAUACCAACAUCAUGACGGCGUCAGCAUGAUCACCCAGUGUCCAAUAACAUCUCACUCCAAGUUCCAGUACAGGUUCAAGGCAGCUAACCGAGGGACUCUCUUCUGGCACGGUCAUGCCGGCCUCCAUCGCUCUGACGGUUUGUUCGGGGCGCUGAUCAUCCGGGAACCUCUGUCACGUGAUCCAGCCUCGCACCUGUAUGACCAUGACCUUCCAGAACACACCAUGAUUGUACACGACUGGCUUGUUGAACUAACCAUCAACAGGUUUGCCGGCCACCAUCACGCGGGCUACGACAACAAACCUGCGUCCAUGCUAAUCAAUGGUCGUGGAGCGUUCCAGGAGUUUGUGGAUCCAGACACCAACCAAACCGUCCACACUCCUUACUCUGUCUUCAAGGUCAGGAAGGACCAAAAGUACCGUUUCCGGGUCAUCAGUAACGGCAUCCUGAACUGCCCCAUCCAAGUCUCUGUGGAUCACCACGACAUCACCAUGAUCGCCACCGACGGUGUCCCACACGAACCAGUCGUUGUCAGCUCCUUCAACAUUUUCGCUGGAGAAAGGUUCGACUUCAUAUUGGACGCUGACAAGGAUGUGGGUAACUACUGGAUUCGAACUCGAGGAAUGGCAGAUUGUGGUGUGAAGUCUGCGAAACAGGUGGCCAUCUUGAGGUAUGAGAACGCCACGGAGGACCAGCCUACUGAACCUACAGACUAUGAGAGUGGGCGGAGGGAAGGGAAGCUUUUGAACCCCUGGAACAAGAAGGGCACCCCUGACCUGACCCCCGUGUCGUGGCUGAACACCACUCUGGCAGACCCCCUACACAUGAAACAGGUGCCCGAUAAGAAGUUCUAUUUUGCAAUGGACUUCAACAAGGUAGACAACUACGUCUUUAAUCACGAAGAGUUAUACCCCUUGGCUGCCGUCAACCGGAACAAGAGACUGUAUUUGCCACAGAUGAACCACAUCACCAACAUUGCACCACCGUCACCCCCGUUGUCUCAAUAUGAUGAUAUUCCCAAGGACAUGUUCUGCGGCCCCCACAACACCAGGAACUGCACGCAUCAGUACUGUGAGUGUAUCCACGUCAUCAAGGUCGACCUGGACGACACCGUGGAGAUGGUGCUCAUUGAUGAGGGCGUCACCUUCAACGCCAACCACCCGAUACAUCUGCAUGGCCAUCACUUCCGGGUAGUUGCGAUGGACAGGGUCAACCAAUCAACCUCUUUAGAAGAGAUCAAAAUGAUGGAUGAAGCUGGUCUGAUAGAGAGGAAUCUAGAAACACCCAUAGCUAAAGAUACUGUCACGGUUGCUGAUGGGGGUUACACAAUCAUCAGGUUUCAUGCUGAUAACCCGGGUUUCUGGCUGAUGCACUGCCACAUUGACUUCCAUCAGUCAAUCGGGAUGGGCCUCAUCGUGCAGGUUGGGGAGCUGAACCAGAUGCCCCGACCCCCUAAACACUUCCCCCAGUGUGGGAACUGGCAGUACAAAGAGGAGGUCGAUGUGGAGGAGAAGCCUCGGUGCCCCGUCAAUGGAGCAGGACGCAACCACAGAGAGUCCUGGCUGUUGAUGUAUGCUGCCAUGUUAAGCAUCUUGUGCAUCAAAUCCAUGUGAAAUGAACGAUAUUCAUAUAAUUACACUCAACGGGUCGUCGUGUCGUGCAUAGACAUUGGUGCAUGUCUUUUUGAAGAAGAUCAAAUUUUUAUUAGCACUGACAUUUCUUUGUUUGUGACAUUACUGAAGAUGUUCAGCUAAGGGAUCGUGUGGACAAAGUGUUGAUGGUUGAAUCCAAGCACUCGAUGUAAGAGGAAAGGAAUUUUGAAUCCCGUGCUCUGUGUGCAGCAGGUCAUAACAAAACUUUUUUUCUUAGAAUCGUGAUAGGUUAUGAGAAUGUCUUGUUUUGAUCACACACUGAACACAUAAAUACAUAAAGGAAUGCGAGUCAUAAUGUACCUAUUCGCAUCGACAAUACAUCAUCAAUGCAGCGUCUUUCUAUCACAAAUAUAUAUUUCCAAUAAAAUAUUUCAUAUCAAUA